GACGUUAUUCUGCCUGCCGUCGUCAAGUCUUCACUGGAAGAUAACAGAUUAGGGCUUGAAAAUUCCAGCUCCAUGUGAUCGUUUCUUCUGGACAAUGUUGUCAGUUUCUCUCGCUCUAGAAGCUACAGAUUAGGGUUUCUGUCUCCCAGCUACAAAUUGUUUGAUUUCAUCAUCAUACUGCUUACUCUCAGAUUCUCCUAUCAGCAGCUGCUGCCUUACGACGAUUUGGGUUCUGGCCUUCAACUAUUUAAUUCGGCCAUUCAUUUUCUGCAGUUCGAUCUUAUGGACCUUAGAAAAAAUAAAAAUAAAGAGAUAAUUGUAAUUUACAUGGAAUUGUAGAAUGAUUGUUAAAGAUUGGAAGAGAUAGAGACGAUGGGUGAUUUUGAUGAUGAUUACGACGAUGCCCCAAUUGUUUUCAAGCGUAGUGCAACUUCAAAGAACAACUACUCAAACUCAGGGAUUAAAAAGUCAUCAUCGCAAAAGGAUGAUCUUCAGCCUGUGAAGCAGGGUUCUCAAGUGCAUUCUUCGAACGGACAAAACUCAGAUGCUCAAAAGGGUAAGACGGUUCAAGCAUCACCAUUGAGAUCUCCUCUAGCUAGCCAGAAACUUCCAAAUUCUUCUAUCAAGACACCACCUGUAAAACCACUUGCAAGUUGUAAACAGUCUAAUUCAGCUUCUGUGCAAUCAAAACCAUCAUCUCAGCAGAAUAGAACUACAUCUGUUAAAAGAGAGCAGUUAGAAAGUGACUCAGAAGAUGACAAACCUCUGGGUUCCAGAAUGUCUGGAAUCACAGCGAGGAGUUCAGUAAAUCCUAUCAAGAAGCCACAUUCUUCUAGUGUUGCCUCUCUCCCAAAAGAAAAAAAUGAAGAUUCGAAUGUUGAAGUUCUUUUGUCAUCAAGUCUUAAAACAAAGUCAAAUACUGGAGCAUCCAGUAGCAAGCUUAUUGAGUCCAAUGAUAAUAAACCCGUGCUAUCAAAGGUUCAACAAAAUGGGUCAACUAAAAAAGAUAACCUAGUUAAAAAACCUGCCACCCCUGCAAUUAAGAGAGAGCUAGAUGAAGCCAAAUCUUCAAGUCAACAAUAUCCUAAAAAGCCUAAGCUCGUUGAUUCACAUCCACAAGCUCCUGUUAAAGCACCAAUGCUUGACAAAGAGGAGGAUGAUUCUGUUCCUAUUUCCCAGCGGAUAAAGAAGGUGUCAACAUCCAGUAAUAAAUCAUCAUCAACAAAAAAGAAAGUGACAAAGGUACAGACAACCAAUUUCAAGAAAGGUAAAAAGAUUCAGAAAGUUGUGAAAAACUCAAAGUAUUUGAAGUCAACAAAGAUGGAGCCUAGCUCUGGUGAAGGACAAAAGUGGACUACCUUGUCUCACAAUGGUGUCAUCUUCCCACCUCCAUACAAACCUCAUGGGGUUAAAAUGCUCUAUAAGGGAAAACCUGUUGAUUUGACAUCAGAAGCAGAAGAGGUGGCUACAAUGUUUGCGGUGAUGUUGGAUACUGAUUACAUGAACAAAUCUCAAUUCAAAGAAAAUUUUAUGAAUGACUGGAGAAAAAUCCUUGGGAAAAAACAUGUAAUUCAGAAUUUGGAAGACUGUGAUUUCACCCCCAUAUAUGAGUGGCAUCAAAGGGAGAAGGAGAAGAAAAAACAAAUGACCACAGAGGAAAAGAAGGCAUUGAAAGAGGAGAAAUUAAUUCAGGAGGAGAAGUAUAUGUGGGCUAUUGUUGAUGGUGUCAAAGAAAAGGUUGGGAACUUCAGGGUUGAACCACCUGGAUUAUUCAGAGGCCGUGGAGAGCAUCCAAAGAUGGGUAAGCUGAAAAAACGCAUUUGGCCAAGUGACAUCACCAUAAAUAUGGGGAAGGAGGCGCCCAUUCCAGAAUGCCCCAUCCCUGGUCAAAGCUGGAAAGAGAUUAGGCAUGACAAUACAGUCACAUGGCUAGCCUACUGGAAUGAUCCUAUCAAUCCAAAGGAAUUUAAAUAUGUCUUUUUGGCUGCCAGCAGCUCCUUAAAAGGGCAAAGUGACAAGGAGAAAUAUGAGAAAGCAAGGCUACUGAAGGAUUACAUACAAGGGAUCAGAACCGCCUACACCAAGGACUUCACCAGUAAAGAUGUCACAAAGCGUCAAAUAGCAGUUGCUACCUAUCUCAUUGAUAAACUGGCUCUCAGGGCAGGCAAUGAGAAGGAUGAUGAUGAAGCCGACACUGUUGGUUGCUGCACAUUGAAAGUAGAAAAUGUUGAACCAAAGCCUCCAAAUAUCUUGAAGUUUGACUUUCUUGGUAAAGAUUCAAUAAGAUAUCAAAAUGAGGUUGAAGUGGAACAUUUAGUAUUCAAGGCGAUUCAACAAUUCCGCUCCGGGAAAAAGGACGGUGAUGAUCUUUUUGACAAGCUGGAUACCAGUAAAUUGAAUGCUCAUCUCAAGGAGCUCAUGCCUGGACUCACCGCCAAAGUUUUCCGUACAUAUAAUGCCUCUAUAACAUUAGAUGAUAUGUUAAGCAGGGAAACCACUGAUGGUGAUCUUGCUGUAAAGGUGGUGGUUUAUCAGCAUGCAAAUAAAGAGGUUGCAAUUAUUUGUAAUCAUCAACGUACUGUUUCCAAGUCACAUUCUACACAAAUGUCUAGGCUGAAUGAGAAGAUAGAUGAAUUAAAGGGUGUUAUUGAAGAGCUUAAAACAGAUUUAUCUCGAGCGAAGAAAGGGAAACCCCCAUUGAAGAAUGAUGAUGGAAAACCAAAAAGGAACUUGAAUCCAGAAGCACUAGAGAAAAAAAUAGCUCAAACAACAGCGAAGAUUGAGAAAAUGGAACGGGACAAAGAGACUAAAGAGGAUUUGAAAACUGUUGCAUUAGGGACCUCUAAGAUCAACUACCUUGAUCCAAGGAUCAGUGUUGCCUGGUGUAAAAGGCAUGAAGUUCCUAUAGAGAAGAUAUUUAACAAGUCACUUUUGGCUAAAUUUGCUUGGGCCAUGGAUGUAGAGCCUAGCUUUAGAUUUUGAAAAUCUUAUACUGGUGGAGAGAAGAACUCAACAAACAACAAUGGCAUUAUUUUGCACAAAGUGGAUGUAUGCAAAUCUUUUUUUAAAGUGGAUGAUUCAUUGUAUAGGUUCUCAAAGAUGAACACAUCUUGCACAAACUAUAUAAAUGAAGUACAUUCUUUUUUAUUUUUGAAAAAAGAGGGCAUGAGAAGACUAUUAUUAUGUCUUAAAAUUAGGUUGUGUUAUAAAAUAUUCAAUGUCUUGUUUCUCAAAA